GCUGGGUACCAAACUCGUGACUGGAGGGAGGCAGGUUACUCGCCGAUUAUAUCCGCUCUUCGUGUGAUGGUAUUAAUUCCGGACAUUAUUUCUUUAUAACGGCACAGGAGGCUACACGUUAUUUGCAUCACUCAAGGACUAAGAAGAAACAGGGCUUGAUUGUCGUCCCCUCCCGACUUUAGCACAUUUAAGCAUCCAGCUAGUCGUGUCCAUCUCUCCAGGCCAGCCCCUCUUCUCCUGUGCCCUGUUGUGGGCUUUUUCUUGUUUGUGGGUCCACCAACACUAAGAGUCCCAGAUGCCCAAGAACAGCAAGGUGACCCAGCGGGAACACAGCAAUGAGCAUGUCACUGAGUCUGUGGCUGACCUGCUGGCUCAUGAGGAGCCUUUGGACUACAAGAGCAGUGUGAUGAAUAUGGGCGGGGCUGCUGGCGGCCCUGCCCAGAAAGGCAAAGGCAAGGCCGCAGAGACACCGCUAGAAAAUGACGGACGGCCCGCGUGGAACAGCAAGCUGCAGUACAUCCUGGCCCAGGUGGGCUUCUCUGUGGGCCUGGGCAACGUGUGGCGCUUCCCCUACCUGUGCCAGAAGAACGGUGGAGGAGCCUACCUUGUCCCAUACUUCAUCCUCCUCCUGAUCAUUGGGAUUCCUCUCUUUUUCCUGGAGCUGGCGGUGGGGCAGAAGAUCCGUCGGGGGAGCAUCGGAGUGUGGAACUACGUGUGCCCACAUCUGGGUGGAAUUGGAGUGUCCAGUUUGAUGGUGUGCGGCUUUGUGGGGCUCUACUACAAUGUCAUCAUCGGGUGGAGCAUCUUCUACUUCUUCCAGUCCUUUCAGUACCCACUGCCCUGGAGUGAGUGUCCAAUCAGGAGGAACGGAACACAAGCCAUUGUGGAGCCCGAAUGUGACAAGAGCUCAGCCACCACAUACUUCUGGUACCGGCAGACGCUGAACAUCACCAGCACCAUCGCAGAGAGCGGAGGCCUCAACCUGAGGAUGACCCUGUCCCUGCUGGCCGCCUGGCUGAUCGUCUGCCUGGCUGUCAUCAAGGGCAUCCAGUCCUCCGGGAAGGUGAUGUACUUCAGCUCGCUCUUCCCCUACGUGGUGCUCUUCUGCUUCCUGGUGCGGGGGCUAAUGCUGAAAGGGGCCAUGGACGGCAUCGCUCACAUGUUCACCCCCAAGCUGGAGAAGAUGCUGGACCCCCAGGUAUGGCGGGAGGCUGCCACGCAGGUGUUCUUCGCCCUGGGCCUGGGUUUCGGAGGGGUCAUCGCCUUCUCCAGCUACAACAAGCAGGACAACAACUGCCACUUUGACGCGGCGCUGGUCUCUGUCAUCAACUUCAUCACCUCCGUGCUGGCUACGCUGGUGGUGUUCGCUGUCCUGGGCUUCAAGGCCAACAUCAUGAACGAGAAGUGUGUUAUUGAGAAUGCAGAGAAGAUCCUGGGCUACCUCAAUUCAAACGAGCUGAGCCAUGCGCUCAUCCCUCCCCACGUCAACUUCUCCCACCUGAGCACCACGGACUACGCCGAUAUGUAUGGGGUGAUCCAGAAGGUGCGGGAGGGGAGCUUUGCCAAGCUGGGCCUGGAGCCCUGCCUGCUGGAGGACGAGCUGAACAAGGCAGUGCAGGGGACAGGCCUUGCCUUCAUAGCCUUCACCGAGGCCAUGACCCACUUCCCUGCCUCCCCGUUCUGGUCGGUCAUGUUCUUCUUCAUGCUCAUCAACCUGGGCCUCGGGAGUAUGAUCGGCACCAUGGAGGGCAUCACCACGCCCAUCGUCGACACCUUCAAGGUGCGCAAGGAGAUUUUCACAGUGUGCUGCUGCAUCCUGGCAUUCCUCUUUGGGCUUCUGUUUGUGCAGCGGUCUGGGAACUACUUUGUCACCAUGUUCGAUGACUACUCUGCCGGCCUGCCCCUCACCAUCGUGGUCAUCCUGGAGAACAUCUCAGUGGCCUGGAUCUAUGGCACUAAGAGGUUCAUGCAGGACCUGGAGGACAUGCUAGGUUUUCGGCCUUAUAGCUUCUACUUUUACAUGUGGAAGUAUGUCUCUCCCCUCUGCCUGAUUGUGCUCAUUACCGCCACCAUCAUCGAGAUGGCUGUUAGCCCGCCAGGUUACAAUGCCUGGGUGCAAGACCUGGCUACAGAGCGCUUCCAGAGCUACCCCCCAUGGGCACUGGCCAUGUGCUUCACCCUCAUCAUCGUCGCCAUGCUGCCCCUGCCCCUGAUCUUCAUCGCCCGCCAGUUCAACCUGAUCUCCGACGGCUCCAACAAGCUGUCCGUGUCCUACAAGAAGAGCUGCAUGAUGAAGGACAUGUCCAACCUGGAGGAACAGGACGAGACGCGCUUCAUCCUUGGGAAGAACCCCAGCGAGACGCCCUCGCCCAUGCCCAACCACCGCUCCUACCUGGGCCCCGGGAGCACGUCGCCCCUGGAGAUGACCAACACCGCGCCCAACAGCCGCUAUGGAACCGGCUACCUGAUGCCCAUCACGCCCGAGUCUGAGCUAUGAUCGCAUACCUCCCCCACACGCGUGCAUACACACAUACACAGACACACACAUGCACACACUGUACACAGGCACACAGGCAGGCACAAUCAUACACACACACACAUACACAGACACACACAUGCACAGACACACACAUUCACAGACACACACACACAUAAACACAUACACACACAGAGGCAAACACACACACACACACAGGCACACACACUCCAGAAGGACGUUCCCCUUAUGGAGAACAAUGGUGGGGACACGGCAGCAUUCCUCACACCUUAACCUCUGCCUUCUGCUGCCACGGGACGCCCUGCUCUCCUCUCCCCCACUAUUAUUAAAGCUGAUGUCUCUCACUCGCCAUUGUCAAUUACAAAGUAAAAAAAACAAAACUACAGUAUGUGAACAUCCCCUGUGAACUUCCACACAAUCCAUCUAAAUCAAUGAGUCAAAGGGAAU